GCACUGACUUUCAGGUAUAUGCGAAGUCACUGUGGCCCACAGCAACAAGUAGGAAAAAUUAUAAAUUCAGUAUGGCACCCAUUUUAGAUUGGAAGAAGCUUAUGAAAGUUGAUCCAGAUGCUCUGCCUCGUCAAGAGAAACUAGCAGAUAGAUUGCUGGAGACGAUGUCCAAGGUUGAUGGGAAAGACUUAAAAACUGAAACUCCAGAACAACUGAUACACCUUUUUAAAAUUACUCAGUCGCUAAUGAAGAUGAAAGCUCAAGAGGUAGAGUUGGCACUAGAAGAAGUUGAAAAAGCUGGGGAAGAGCAAGCCAAAUGUGAAAAUCAAUUUAAAACAAAAGUGAUGAAACUUCAAAAUGAAUUAGAGAUGGCACAACGAUCUGCUGGUGGUCGUGAUACUCGUUUUUUACGUGAUGAGAUCCACCAACUGGAAAAACAAUUAGAACAAAAAGAGAGACAGUUAACAGAUACAGAAAAAGAAUUGGAAAAAGAGAAGAAAGUGAAUGAACAGCUUGCUCUUCGAAAUGAAGAUGCGGAAAAUGAAAACAUCAAAUUAAGGAGAGAGAAUGAACAAUUGCGUCAAGAUGUAGUUGACUAUCAGAGGCAAAUAGAUUCUCAGAAAGAAACAAUUCUAUUACGAAGAGGAGAGGAUUCUGAUUACAGAUCACAGUUGUCCAAAAAGAACUUUGAGCUUGUCCAGUAUUUGGAUGAAAUUCAGAAUUUGACUGAAGCUAAUGAGAAGUUAGACAUUCAAAACCAAGAAAUGAGAAAGAAUAUUGAGGAAUCAAUACAAGAAAUGGAGAAGAUGACUGAUGAAUAUAACAAAAUGAAGCUAAUUGUGCAACAAUCUGAUAUUGUUAUGGAUCAGUUAAGAAAAGAGAAAGAACAGUACAAAUUUCAAGUUCAGGAGCUUUCAGACCAGCUGAAAGCAAAGAAUGAGGAAGAUGAUCCACUCAUGGCAGCUGUAAAUGCAAAAGUUGAAGAAUGGAAGAAAAUCUUGUCUUCAAAAGAUAAUGAACUCCUAGAGUAUCAGCAGAUGUUGUUUAACUUGAAAGAGAAAAUGAAAAUGGCCCAACUUGAUGUAGACAGGAACAGUAUACUGGCCCUUCAGCAGGGUGUGCAAGAGCGAGAUGCUCAGAUCAGAUUGCUUACUGAGCAAGUUGAACAGUAUACCAAAGAAAUGGAACAAAAUGCGUUUGUUAUUGAGGAAUUAAAAAAUGAUCUCCAAAAAGAUAAAGGUAAUAUCACCAUUUUAUUUUAA